CCUGGUAAAAAUAAAUGACGUGCAGCGGCAGAUGGGCCACUCGAUAUUACAUACUUACAUCCUAUUACACAGCAGUUCGAGCUGGCAACACGACGAGUGUCGCGGUCUGAAGCCUUCUUACUAGAUACUCUGUGCGAUCACCUCUCACCGCCAUUCCACACACACACACAUAUCGAAAACUCCGACAGUCCACGGCGAAUGCGCUCGCUAGCCUGGUGACGCACCUUAGACGUGGGCUUACGUCCCCUUCGUCGACCCUCUCCUUCGUCCCCCUUUCCCCGCGCCGGGUUCGGGUCGGCUGCGUCUCAUCGUCUUCCUCGUGGCGAGCCCGGCUUGCCUGCCUGGAAAUGGCGGACUCGAUCGAUUCCAUCGUCAAGGGCGCACCGCAGCCUGGCCACGAAAUCAAGUCGCCCGUCGGAACUAGUGGCGUCGAUGCCGUGAAGCCUGUCGAUCCUCUGCACAAUGCCCCCAGCUCACCGUCCAUGAUCUACCUCAACAUGCUCAUCCUCGAGGCCUCGUUGCGCGCGCAAUACCUCGAGCUGCGCGCCCGCCGCCGCAAGCACACCUUCUUCCUCAGCCUUCUCUGUGUCUGGCUGGCCGGCUUCGGCUACGCGCUCUUCCUGGCCCCGCGCGAGGAUGGGAGCGGUGUCGGCGGCUCCGUCUACUGGGUCGUCGACAUGACGGAGAAGGUGUGCUUUAUUAGCGGUAUUGUCACGGGAAUCUUGGUGUGGGCUACGGGCAUAUGGGAUCGCGGCAUCAGGUGGCCUCGCAGGUGGUUCACCAUAUCCAACAGAGGCCUGCGCGGCUUCAAUUGCAAACUGGUCGUUAUCAAGAGACCCUGGUGGGUGGAGAUCAUGUCCACCAUUACCUGGUUUUUCACGUACGGUGCAUUCUCCAACACGGCGGGACAGUAUCGAUUUGUGGAACCGUCUGUCCUACGAGAAGUGGACAGAGAAUUAAACCUUGGAGGCAAGGAGCAUCCUCAGCUUCCCUUCAUCUCUGGUGGUGAUGAGGAACGCGGAGGUCAUGAAGAGGAUCUUGCACCUGGCGGUGAUUACGUCAAGCUUCUCCUAUGGCCCAAGCCAUUCUCGGCCAAUUUCCGAGAAAACUGGGAGAUCUAUAGGAACGAGUAUUGGGAAAAGGAGAACGAGCGACGUGCUCUACUACGAAAGAAGCUACAGGCAAGGGAUAAGCAGAACGCGCGCCAACGCAGCCGGUGGUUCUGGUGGUUCCCGGGGUCACGCCGUCGGACGGAGGAAAAGACGAUAGGAACGACAGGUGCGGGCACCGACUUCGAGAAGAACCACUACCGCCGCACGUCGGCGAUAAUAAAGGAGAGCAAGCGCACGCGGAGCGGCAGCGUCCGGCGAGGUAGUACCUCUGCGGGAUCGUCGUCGCGGAGCCCGACGCCGCCCGUGGAAUCAGACGAGGCGAGUAUUAGCAGGAAGGCCAGCACGGGCUCCAAUGCGUCGGACAAGAGACGCAAGAAACAUGUCUCUACGGGGUCGAGGUCUAAACGACCGGGCAUCGAUGGGCAAUCUGUGACGCCUGAAAACCCGUCGCCUCUGGCUAGGGGGAGUAGUGUGGAUAGCGAUGCUUUCCAUGCGGUGGGUGAAAAGUGAAGCCUGAAAGGGGUUUCAUACAGUUGGUAGAUAGUACCUCAAUCUGAAAGAGUGUCUUUAAAAUGCA